UCUUACAUUAGACUGAGUCACACAGAGGCUCCAGCUGUGCAGAGAACAGACACAAACCUACAACUGAGAUAACAGCAGACCUUACAACAGUAGAAGUUACAGCAGUAGAAAUUACAGCAGUAGAAGAUACAGCAGUAGAAGUUACAGCAGUAGAAGUUACAACAGUAGAAGUUACAACAGUAGAUGUUACAGCAGUAGAAGUUACAGCAGUAGAAGUUACAGCAGUAGAAGUUAGAUGAACAGAAGUUACAACAGUCUACUGUUACUGCAUUUGAGCACAAGCGUAUAAAGAUGUCAAAGGGAAUCUAUGAAUACACAAAUGGAUUUGAAGACGAAGAACCCAAUGAAAUAAAGACCAUUGAUAUUGAUGAUCAUAUUUACAACAACAAAAGACCCAUCAUGCCCUGCAAGAAGGAUGGAGUUGGUGAUCAACAUUCAGUGUUUUGUCAGUGGUGGAAGAGAUACUCUGGAGCUGCUGCAGUGUGUCUUGGGCUGCUGUGUGUUCUCCUACUGGCUGGGAUCAUAGGCCUGUUACUCUACCAGAGAAACCAAUUGACCAGCUCCAACACCCUGACUAAAGAGUGGGAACAGCUACAGAUUAGCGGCAACAACCUGACUGUAGAGAGAGACCAGCUACAGACUGGCAACAACACCCUGAUUAAAGAGAGAGACCAGCUACAGACCAGCAGCAACAUCCUGACUGAAGAGAGAGACCUGCUACAGACUAGCAACAACACCCUGACCAAAGAGAGAGAUCAGCUACAGACCAGCAGCAACAACCUGACUGAAGAGAGAGGCCUGCUACAGACUAGCAACAACACUCUGAUCAAAGAGAGAGACCAGCUUCAGACCAGUUACAACACCCUGACCAAAGAGAGAGACCAGCUACAGACCAGUCACAACACCCUGACCAAAGAGAGAGACCAGCUACAGACCAGUUACAACACCUUGACCAAAGAGAAAGACCAGCUACAGACCAGUUACAACACCCUGACCAAAGAGAGAGACCAGCUUCAGACCAAUUACAACACCUUGACCAAAGAGAAAGACCAGCUACAGACCAGCUACAACACCCUGACCAAAGAGAGAGACCAGCUACAGACCAGUUGCAACACCCUGACCAAAGAGAGAGACCAGCUACAGAAAGAGAUAGAACGUCUGAAACAAUCUUCAGUUGAGAAAGUGUGUCCUCAAGGAUGGAAGAAGCUUGGUAGCAGUUGUUACUACGUCUCUACUGAGUCCAAAUCCUGGGAGGAGAGCAGACAGGACUGCAGAAAUAGAGGAGCAGACCUGGUGGUCAUCAACAGCCAAGAACAACAGACAUUGGUCAAUUGGUUAUGUGGACGGAAGAACUAUGUCUGGAUUGGUCUGACUGACUCUGUUACUGAGGGGACCUGGAAAUGGGUGGACAACACACCACUUACCACAAAGUAUUGGAACAGUGGAGAGACUAAUGGUGGAAGAGCUGAGAACUGUGUGUAUUUCUACUCCAGGUCAUCAGACACAGGAGAAUGGUGGGACUAUGACUGUUCCUAUAAAUACAGAUGGAUCUGUGAGAAAUAGGAUUCAUCCUCGGUACUUUGAACUGCUAAAUAGGAUUAUGAUAAGUACUAUCAAUCGUAAACUAUUUUCUGCUCAUUCUAUUUACCUUGUCAAGUACAUACAAUAUAUAACAAUGCAAAUGAAUAAUACAUUAUAAUCAAACCAACAAAACAUAUGCAAUAACAAUACAAUGAAUUGAUAACAGAAUAACUGUUCUCUCUGUUGUUGUGGAAAUUCACCACUAAGGACUCAAAUUCAAAGGAAAUGAAUCAAUCUUUAUUAUCUCAGUCAUCGAGGUUCACUGACUCAACACAAGCCUGAUGUUCAUUUUUAUUAUUAUUACUUUUUAGUUUAGUCUACUUGCU